AUGACUUCAAAUAUUAAAUGUCCAUUAUUUGGUUGUAAAGCAGCGUCAAAUAAUACUUUACCUACAGGAACCGUGGCCACAGAAACCCCACAGUCACAAAACGUUGCUGAUAACACAAACGACACUUCUACGCAACCCACUGCUACUGAUGGAUCUAGGGUCGCUGCCGCUACCGGUACACCUGAAUGUGACGAUCAAAGUGUUCUUUCCGAUAGUGAAGCAGUUAGUAGUGUUAAUGGAAAAGUUUGCAAAUAUAAUACUGUCCCACAAUCUCAAGUCGGUACCAAAAAUUAA